AUGUUGAGAUUUAGACUCCAGAGCGGAGCCUCCAGAAGGUUUUUGAGCCAGACGUCCAAUCUGCUAGCCGCAAAGAAGCAGCAUGAUCUUGUGAUCCUGGGAGCCGGUCCUGGCGGUUACGUGGCCGCCAUCAAGGCUGCGCAGCUCGGGUUUGAUGUUGCUUGUGUGGAGAAGCGUGGCAGAGCUGGUGGUACCUGUUUGAAUGUGGGAUGCAUUCCAUCGAAGGCGUUGCUGAACAACUCACACCUAUAUCAUCAGAUGAAGCACGACUCAAAACAAAGGGGUAUCGACAUCAACGGUGACGUAGCAAUCAACAUGGCACAAUUCCAAAAGGCCAAGGACACCUGUGUCAAGCAAUUGACGGGCGGUAUCGAAAUGCUAUUCAAGAAAAACGGUGUAACUUACUAUAAGGGGCUAGGAUCUUUCGAAAAUGAAAACAGCAUCAAAGUGACCCCCGUGGAAGGUAUCGAAGGAAGUGUCACUGAAGAGACUAUCUUGGAGACCAAAAAUAUUAUUGUCGCUACUGGUUCCGAGGUAACACCUUUCCCCGGCAUCAAGAUUGACGAGGAAAGAAUCGUCUCCUCUACAGGCGCCUUGGAUCUCAAAGAAGUCCCCAAGAGACUAGCCAUCAUCGGUGGUGGUAUCAUUGGCCUUGAAAUGGGUUCUGUUUACGCGAGGUUGGGCUCAAAGGUUACUGUUUUAGAAUUUCAACCCAAGAUCGGUGCCACUAUGGACAACGAAGUUGCCACCACAACUCAGAAGUUUUUGAAGAAGCAGGGUUUCGACUUCAAGUUGGGCACCAAGGUUGUUUCAGCCGAAAGAAACGGCGAAGUAGUCAAUAUUGAAGUGGAAAAUGCCAAGAGCGGCAAGAAAGAAUCUCUAGAAGCUGACGUCUUGUUGGUUGCCGUUGGCAGAAGACCUUACAUUCAAGGGUUGAACGCCGAAUCUUUGGGUCUAGAGGUCGACAACAAAGGCCGCUUGGUCAUUGAUGAGCAUUUCAACACCAAAUUCCCACACAUCAAGGUCAUUGGUGACGUCACUUUUGGACCCAUGUUGGCUCACAAGGCCGAAGAAGAAGGUAUCGCAGCUGUGGAAUACUUGAAGCAUGGUCACGGCCAUGUUAAUUACGCCAAUAUUCCAUCGGUCAUGUACUCCCACCCAGAAGUUGCUUGGGUCGGAAAGACUGAAGAACAAUUGAAGGAAGCCGGCAUCACUUACAAGAUGGGUAAAUUCCCAUUCAUGGCCAAUUCCAGAGCGAAGACGAACAUGGACACGGAAGGUUUUGUCAAGGUUCUAAUCGAUGCUGAAACCGAACGCCUAUUAGGUGCCCAUAUCGUUGGUCCAAAUGCUGGUGAAAUGAUUGCCGAAGCUGGUAUUGCUUUAGAGUAUGGUGCUUCUGCCGAAGACAUCGCACGUGUCUGUCACGCUCACCCAACUUUGUCGGAAGCUUUCAAAGAGGCUAAUUUGGCUGCUUUCUCCAAGUCCAUCAAUUUCUAA